AUGGGCCCCUGUACCGCCUCCUCAUGCUGCUGCCAGGCCCGUAAUCUGCCAUGGGCCCCCGUACCGACUCCUCAUGCUGCUGCCAGGCCCGUAAUCUGUCAUGGGCCCCUGUACCGCCUCCUCAUGCUGCUGCCAGGUCCAGAGUGUGUCAUGGGUCCCUGUACGGCCUCCCAUUGCUGCUGUCUCCAUCGCCACACUCUGCCAUGUGCCACUUUCAGGUCUCCUCACACUGCUGGUGGGUUCCAUUUUGUCAUAGGGUGCUGUAUGGCCUCCCAUUGCUGCUGCCUCCACCGCCACACUGUGGCUCCACACUCUGGUUUUGGCCCCGUGACUGCCCAAAUGAGUGAAGUGUGCGGUGAUUCUAAGAUCGACGGCACUCAUCUGCAUGUCAUACUGACUGACAGUAUUAGUUCUCUUCCCCAGCAGACUCCAAGGGCAUUUAAAUUAAAGGUACAGUGUUCUGCACUAAUAUAA